CAAAGCCUGAUCAGAAAGGCUAAUAUUGUGGCCCCCCCCCAUACGCUGACACCUUCUCCACUUGGUGUGAGCAGAGUUGAGUUGCAGUAAGUUAUUUUGAGGGUCUUGCCUGUCACAGCUGUUGUCUCAGUCACCAGAGUCCUGUUGGACCCUCUUCACUUUUCUCUUUCUACCCGCUGGACCUGGUAAGUGGCUUUCCCAAACUCUUUUACACACUGUUCAGGUACAGAAAUUACACUUGUCUUUGAGCUAUGUCUAUCUGCCCUGUUUAGUUCUGAUGGUUUGUAAAACGCUGCUUCAUGAUGUGUGGUGACAAAGUUUAUGAGUUGUUUUUGGCUUUACUGUCGGGUCAUAGUGACAAAUAUGUUGUGCUAGUGUGACAUGUGUAACUUACACAGUGUAAGCUAACUAUUCUGUAUCAUUGUGAUGAAUUGAGUUGGUGGUGAAGUUUUCUGCUGUGUUGGUUUGGUCUGAAGUCACUGAAUUAUUCAAACACUUGUGACAAGUGUUUUUUUAUUUGUGUUAUUUAUUCAACAUUAUCAGAGGAGGUAAUGAUCUAUUCGAAAUCAUCAACUGAAACACAUUGUUUAAAAAAUAUAUAUGUCAUCUCAUCAGGUGUAUUAUCAGCUAACACAGAAUGAAUGUAGACAUUUAGAACAAUGUCAACUGUGUUUUUCCCACUUCUAUAUUAAAAGUGCCGUCAUUGACAUCAACAGGUACGUGGCUGGAAUAACAAAUAGCUUGACCAUAUUUAGAGGCUCCUAAAAUAGAGUGAGGCCUCAGAACAGGUGCCAUGUGCCUUCCUGCUGGAAGCAGGGAGGGUGGGAGGGGGAAUGUGGCUGCAGGGGGGGACUAGGGCUAAUUUGAUCCUGAUAAGCAGGGAGCAGUCAUGUAGCAAUAGAGCUGGGGGAUAAACAACCUCUGGAUGCUUUAAAUUCAUUCCAUAUUAAAUCAAAUGGAGCCUGCUGGGCCUGAGGUCUAUUUGUGACAGGGCAUAUUUAAAUCCUCACAGUGGUAUUGUUUCCUUACUCCUGACAGGCUACUGGGUUUUGUGCUAUUUUUCACCACCCACAGUGAUUUGUACCACAUGCAUCAGACUGAAAGUUACUUUGCUGGGAAGUAAUACUAUACCUAUUCCGACUAAGAGAAGCUUAAACGUCAGAUGAAAUAUAAAAAUUGUAAAUAUUUGAGAUUUAUUUCAGAAAUUGUUCAUCUUUUAGUCUAACAAAGUGAUAUUGCAGUUUGGAGAUUUUGUUUUAGAUUUAGGCAGGUGGUAGACAAUAGUGGUGCGCGGGUUAGCUUUUUGUUCACCCGCACCCGCCCGCAAUUGCUAAUAACCCAUUUGAAACCGCUCGACUAUAUGUGUUAAAGUGAAAUCUGAGGCCCACACCCAUGCCUAACCUGCAAAUACAGACAAUGCGCUAUAGGCUACAGUCAAAGACUGCAGAACGAUUGUUUGACAGGGGUGAAGGAUUUUUUGUUGUUGCCUGAUUUAGAUUUGUUUCUGCUUAUAAUUUCCGACAUUUUGAUAGGCUAUUUGUUAGUCAACUUGUCUAUAAUUAGAUACAUGUAGCUUUUCUUUUGUCAUUAUAUGUUAACCUACAAGACUAAAUAAACCCUUCCUUAACAGAAUAAUGUUAAUAGAUCGAUAUAAUUAAUUAUUCAAUCUAGUUGACAUCAGUAAAGUUCUCUCUAUCAUCUUUCGCGGAGCAAAGACGUUUAGGGGGAGAAAAUACAAUAACGCAACCCAAAAAAACUGGAAAGAUUUUCUGUGCAAAAUGUCCAAAUUACAUCAGUUUGACCGGUUGCAAACUAAAAGAAAGCUGUGAAUAGCUUUUAUUAUGUUUUUAUAAUAAAGACAGCACCUCUACAGAUGGUAUCUAACUGAGCAUUGCAUUCUCUCAAGAUGCAGAAAUAAAUAAAUCAUAUUUCUCCACUCCCGUUCCCAUGUCCAAACUUUGCCUACAUUUAAUGUAUCAUUUUACUGCAAGAAAUGCUUAAUUAUGCAAUAGUUAUUACGUUUCUAAACCAAUACCAAACCAUCUUCGGUAUAGUGUCGCCAUAAUAUUUGAAUUGAGGAAGUGUGAUCAUUGAGGAAGUGUGAUCAUAAUCAUUAGGAUAUUUUAGCGAUCCGCAGUAGAAGACGUCCAAAAUGCCCCCCAGCCUUAAAAUGUGAGCUAAACAGCUAACUUGCACUUGAUAUGCGAUUUUAGGCUAUGAUUGAGAAAGUGAACUUGUUCCAAACGUUUAGCUCUGUUGUAUGCUGCUUUGCGAUCUAUUAACAGCAAGGGUUGCAUUAAAUAGGUGCAAUAUUUGUAUGACGCAUUUGGCGAUGUUCAAUUUAUUCGCACAAAACGUAUAAACAAAAGCAAUUACUGUUUAAGUUUAUGAAUGUAAACCCUUCAUAUAUUGGCUAUGCAGCACUUCGUUCAAUUUAUCGAAUCAGUUCAUGUUUUCUCGCUCAAACCGCGAGCAAUAAGCUACCUGUCAAACUCAGACAUUUUUCUCAAAACACAGGGAUGUCGAUUCGCACGGGACUAGUACCAUCAGAGGACUUCGGAGUUUGCCAAAAAAAACUGGAUUUUAGUUUGCAUUUAACCCAUCUAAACAGUAGGCUACAGUUCCCUUGACAUGCCAUAGGCCUAUUUGAAGUCCCGUCUUGUGACUGUCGAAUUUGUAUAGCGCCUCACAAUCAUCACAUAUAACAUAGCUGGCACUGCUAUCAUCAUCUUUUACCAUUUCACCAAAUAUUUUCCAAACAGAACUUUUCUGGCCCUCCCUUCUCAAUAUUUUCAACUCUCCUUUCUCAGCUUUUGUCUUAUUGAAUUAAACUUGGACAAUGUCCUUUUGGCCUCCGUGGAUUGACGUUAACUUUUUCAGCCCAUUCCCAAAAGCAUUAUUUGGAGAUUAGCUUUGUAGGCUAUUACAGUUAAGCCCUGAAGUUUAGGCUUAUAUAGUGAAAUAAAAACUUCAAUGUAGCCUAUAUAAAUUGCACAAUAACCAUACAUUUAUGAAUUUCUUUAAAGGUAUUGUUUCUCUUUAUUCAACCCCCUGCAAAAUAUUGAAUGACCCUAAACCCAUUCCCCUGCCAGAGUCAACACUUGCAUCACUAUUACACAGGUACCUUUUUAGUAUAGUUAGUAUAAUUAGUAUAGUUGUCAGUUUGUUUGUUUGUUCGUUUUAUAAUGUGUCUCUGUAUCUGCCACAUGGGUACUAGUACACUACGUGACCAAAAGUAUGUGGACACCUGAUCGUCAAACAUCUCAUUCCAAACUCAUGGGCAUUAAUAUGGAGUUGAUCCCCCCCUUCACUGCUGUAACAGCCUCCACUCUUCUGGGAAGGCUUUCCACUAGAUGUUGGCCCAUUGCGGCGGGGACUUGCGUCCAUUCAGCGAUAAGAGCAUUAGUGAGGUCGGGCACUGAUGUUGGGCGAUUAGGGCUGGCUUGCAGUCGGCGUUCCAAUUUAUACCAAAGCUGUUCGAAGGGGUUGAGGUCAGGGCACAGUGCAGGCCAGUCAAGUUCUUCCAGAACGCUACCGGGGAAGCUCUAUCAGGGCAGAAAUUUGAUGAACUGACUUGUUGGAAAGGUGGCAUCCUAUGACAGUGCCACGUUGAAAGUCACUGAGCUCUUCAGUAAGGCCAUUCUACUGCCAAUGUUUGUCUAUGGAGAUUGCAUGGCGGUGUGCUCGAUUUUAUACACCUGUCAGCAACGGGUGUGGCUGAAAUAGCUGAAACCACUAAUUUGAAGCGGUGUCCACAUACUUUUGUAUAUAUAGUAUAUCUAAUAUCCUACAUCUCCGUCCACUCUCAGCCACAUCUGUGAGAAUGGAGAUCAACGUCCAGUCUGCUGCAGAGGUCAUCCCAGCCCAGACCAGUGUGACCCCACCACCGUCCCCAGUCACCACAGAGACCCAGGUCCCUCCACCCCAGGAGGCCCAGCACAUGGACCCCAUGGAGGAGUUUGGUCAUCGGCUGGAGGAGAUCAUCAACACCUAUGGUUCCGCAGCCAGUCUGAUAGAGAAACAGUGCAUCAUCCUGGAAACGGAGAAGGUGGAUGAGGAGGCAAGCGGAGAGCAAGAUGAAGUCACAACCGCCAAGGACGCCAGCACAGGCAAGGAUACGAAAAAGUUGCUGAAAGGUAGGUGGAUAUAGGGUGGUCAAUGUUUUGUUUUCCUCAUGCAUUAUUUGGAUUGUGCAGCUUUGCUUUUAAAGACAACAUCAACACUUUGAUUUAUAUGGAAAACAUAGUACCACUUAACCUUACAUUCAGCCGCAGAAUGGUUUUGUUUUUCGACACAGCUGUGCUAUAAUCUGUUGUUGUUCGACAGCAGUUUCUGUGAGGGCAAAGACAGGGCAGUGUGCUAAUGAGAUAGCCCAGAGGAGAUAUUCUAGUCACCACUCAAUCAAUAGACAGAACAUGUACACUACUGGUCAAAAGUUUUAGAACACCUACUCAUUCAAGGGUUUGUCUUUAUUUUCUAAAACAAUUUUCUACAUUGUAGAAUAAUAGUGAAGACCUCAAAACUAUGAAAUAACACAUAUGGAAUCAUGUAGUAACCAAAAAAGUGUUAACAAAUCAAAAUAUAUUUUAUAUUUGAAAUUCUUCAAAUAGCCACCCUUUGCUUUGAUUACAGCUUUGCACAUUCUUGGCAUUCUCUCAACCAGCUUCAUGAGGUAAUCACCUGGAAUGCAUUUCAACUAACAGGAGUGCCUUGUUAAAAGUGAAUAUGUGGAAUUUAUUUCCUUCUUAAUGCAUUUGAGUCAGUUGUGUUGUGACAAGGUAGGGGGUACACAGAAGAUAGCCCUAUUUGGUAAAAGACCAAGUCCAUAUUAUGGCAAGAACAGCUCAAAUAAGAAAAGAGAGUGAUGGAGUGCUGCAUCAGAUGACCUGGCCUCCACAAUCCCCCGACCUCAACCAAAUUGAGAUGGUUUGGAAUGAGUCGGCCCACAGAGUGAAGGAAAAGCAGCCAACAAGUGCUAAGCAUAUGUGAGAACUCCUUCAAGACUGUUGGAAAAGCAUUCCAGGUGAAGCUGGUUGAGAGAAUGCCAAGAGUGUGCAAAGCUAUUUGAAGAAUCUCAAAUAUAAAAUAUAUUUUUGGUUGCUACAUUUUGAUUUUGAUGUCUUCACUAUUAUUCUACAAUGUAGAAAAUAGUUUAAAAAAUAAAGACAAACCCUUGAAUGAGUAGGCGUUCUAAAACUUUUGACCGGUAGUGUAUUAAAAUAAAUGAUUGGAUACAUACCGCUGUAUAUCACUCUUAAGAAUAGUUUUAAUUGACUUCUAUUCAAAUACAUAAGGAACAAAAAUAUAAAACGCAACGUGACAAUUUCAAAGAUUUUACUGUUACAGUUCAUAUGAGGAAAUCAGUCAACUGAAAUAAAUUCAUUUGGCCCUAAUCUAUGGAUUUCACAUGACUGGAAAUACAGAUAUGCAUCUGUUGAUUAAAAAUACCUUAAAAAUGGGCCUCAGGAACUCGUCGCGGUAUUUUGGUGCAUUCAAAUUGUCAGUCGAUAAAAUGCAAUUGUCUUCGUUGUCCGUAGCUUAUGCCUGCCCAUACCAUAACCCCAACGCCACCAUGGGGCACUAUGGUCACAAUGUUGACAUCAGUAAACCGCUCGCCCACACGAUGCCAUACACACGGACUGCGGAAGUGAGGCCUGUUGGACGUACUAACAAAUUCUCUAAAACGACGUUGGAGGCAAAAAAAAUAACAAUUAAUUAUCUGCCAACAGCUCUGGUGGACAUUCCUGCAGUCAGCAUGCCUAUUGCACACUCCCUCAAAACUUGAGACAUCUGUGGCAUUGUGUUGUGUGACAAAACUGCACAUUUUAUAGAGUGGCCUUUUAUUGUCCCCAGCCCAAAGUGCACCUGUUUUAUGAUCAUGCAGUUUACUCAGCUUCUUGAUAUGCCACACCUGUCAGGUGGAUGGAUUAUCUUGGCAAAGGAGAAAUGCUCACUAACAGGGAUGUAAACAAAUUUGUGCACAACAUUUGAAAGAAAUAGAUUUUUUGUACGUACGGAACAUUUCUGGGAUCUUUUAUUUCAGCUCAUGAAACAUGGGACCAACACACUUUACAUGCGUUUAUAGUUUUGUUCACUGUAAAUGGGGCGGCAGGUAGCCUAGCAGUUAGAGUGUUGGGCCAGUAACUGAAAGGUUGCUAGUUUGAAUCCCUGCGCUGACAAGGUGAAACAUCUGUCAAUGUGCCCUUAAGCAAGGCACUUAACCUUAAUUGCUCCAGAGUUGCUGUUAAUAAUGGCAGACCCAGGCCAUGACCCUACUCUCAGGGGGAGUUGGGAUAUGCAAAAAAUAAUUUCCUAUACACACUUGUAAAUGUUUUAAAUAGGACAAAUAUAAGCACCCACCAAAUUAUUAUUAUAUAGUCAGAGGAUGCAUUCCUUCAUCAUCAUCUUCUUUUGAAUCUAAGACUUAUAAGUGGGCAUGUUAAUUUACAAUCAUGACCUCUUAUCCACAAAGGAACAAGCAGACAUGUUAAGUGUCAUGUUAUUGUAUCUCAACAUCUGUCCAGGUUGUGCCUCAUGUUUAGAUUGUGUUUUGAGGACAGGUUGCACAAGUUAUGGGGAGAGGCCUGCUUCAGUGCAACACAAAGUGUAUUUUUUAACCAAUAGCAGAUGUUGGAGAUAGUUUUUUGCCACAACAUGAAACCAGGCCAGCAACAGAGGUUAAUACAAAUCUUGGUUACGCAUUUUCAGCCAUUUGAUUUUAUUUGCUUUUCCAAAGCCAUAGGUGUCAAGAUGCAACAGCUUUCAUGCAGGGGAAAUUGCUUCAGAAAAGUAUUUAUUUUGAAGCCAUUUAUAGAAUGAUCCCUGGUGGCCUUUUUUCAUCUUUCUUUUUCUAGUGCCUGUCCAAAUGGAAACGAACAUUACAUGAUUUCUCUCUAUCCACACAGGAAAGGAGGGCAAGCUUCUAAUGCAAAGUUUGAACAAGCUGUGCACACCAGAGGAGAAACUGGAUGCUCUGCUCAAGAAGUAUGCCGAACUGGUGAGUGUUCUCUUCUCCCCUCUAUCAGCACACCAGAGAGUAGAGUCCUUCAGCACAGCAGGAACCAGCGGCAAUAAAACAGACCAGGGAAAGUUAAAAGGAAACAAAUAAAAACACACAUGAAUCAACAGGAAAAACAGGGAGUGCCUGGUGAGAUCUUGGAAGUGGUUCAGCCUCGUACCGUGAUGACCUAAAUAUUCUGCGCCUCUGGCAGCAAAGGCGAAUCUGAACGCAAAGGCCAUAUUCCAUAAUAAGACAGCUGGCUACAACAUGGCUCUGUAAUUCCUCAACAAGACAACAUCAGGAACACUAUGCAUUAUGAAUAAUAUUACCAAAGACGUCGGCUAUCACAGUCAGCUUCAUGUUUAGUAAUUGGACAGUUCAUAUAUAUAUACAGUGCAUAGUAUCACCAGGAAAACGAAAGAGACAAACCUAAAGAGAUGUUGGGAUGAAACAAAUAUAUACCCACCCAGCCAUACCAAAUCCUCUUAGGACAUUAGUUUCUUCUUUUAGUCACCCAGUCGGUUGUUAGCCAAAAGCAGCAUAGACAGCCCAAGUCUGUACAGAGGGCAGAGGCUGAAAGGCAGUGCUAUGUAUAUGGCACAUCUGUCUGCGUGGUCCACAGCUGGAGGAGCGGCGGGGGGAGCAGAAGCAGCUGAGGUUCCUGCAGAAGAAGCAGGGCCACAUGGGGAAGGAGAGGGACCAGCUCCAGUACGAGCACAGCAGAGCCAUCAUGGCCCACAGCAAACUGGAGGGCCUCUGCAGGGAACUCCAGAGGCACAACAAGACCCUCAAGGUGGGUGAUCACUGUUCAGCUCCAUCACAGUUAGCACUACACUAAUUUACUCAACAUUGUGGGUUCAAGACCCUGAAGGUGGGUUGAUGCUCACUGCUCAGCUCAGCCUCAGUUAACACUACACUAAUCUACUCAACAUUAUGGGUUAAAGACCCUUGAGGUGGGCGUUCAAGACCAACUGGGUUUUGAACCCAGGUCAUCUACAGAGUGUGAGACCAUAUUAGCCUGCUGAGCUAAAGCCUAUAAGCAUUAGCUCUGAAAGAAAGCAUUUAUCAAGGUCUCAAACAAGACUAUGUACCACAAACCUACUCUGCUACAGCUCAACCUCAAGUCAACCCUACAUUGCUGAACAGCAGGGGUCCAGAUACCUCAGUUUAUCAUCAGUCAACUCCAUUCAAUAGCGGACGAUAUUGCCACUCCUAUUUGCCAUAACUUCAAUUUUACAUUUACAUUUUAGUCAUUUAGCAGACGCUCUUAUCCAGAGCGACUUACAGUUAGUGAGUGCAUACAUUUUCAUACUGGCCCCCCGUGGGAAGCGAACCCACAAACGCCAUGCUCUACCAAUUGAGCUACACAAGACUAAUUUAAGCCUACUAGAAAGUGUGUGCCCUCAGGCCUGGAGGGAAGCAAAAGUUAUUUCCCCUACCUAAGAAUAGUAAAGCCCCCUUAACUGGCUCAAAUAGCCGACCAAUCAUCCUGUUACCAACCCUUAGUAAACUUUUGGGAAGAAAUGGUGUUUGACCAGAUAAAAUGCUAUUUUACAGUAAACAAAAUUGACAACAGACUUUCAGCACCCUUAUAGGGAAGGACAUUCAACAAGCACAGCACUGACACAAAUAACUGAUGAUUGGCUGAGAGAAAUUUAUUAGAAAAAGAUUUUGGGGGCUGUUUUGUUAAGACUUCAGUGUGGCUUUUGACAUUAUUGAUCAUAGUCUGUUGCUGGAAAAACGUAUGUGUUAUGGCUUUACACCCCCUGUGUCAGGUGUCAGUGUGCAGUGGUAGGACGGAGUCAGGCGCAGGACACAGAACUGAGUAAUAGACAAACUUUACUCGAAAAACAACAAAUCUAAUUUCUUAGCAGGGAAAUACAUCAGCUCACAGCAGUAUAAACACCAAACAAAGAACAAUCACGCACAACCAGAGGGUUAAAUAGGGAAACAAAUUAACGUGAUGGGAACCAGGUGUGUACAAUAAAGACAAAACCAAUGGAAAACAGAAAUGUAGAUCGGUGGCAGCUAGAAAGCCGGUGACGACGGAAGUCGUGACAGUACCCCCCCCUUGACGCGAGGCUCCAGCAGCGCGCCAACACUGACCUCGGGGGAGACCCGGAGGACGAGGCGCAGGACGAUCCAGGUGGAGACGGUGAAAUUCCUGCAGUAAGGAAGGGUCCAUGAUGUCCUCCACCGGCACCCAGCAUCUCUCCUCCGGACCGUACCCCUCCCACUCCACGAGGUACUGAAGGCCCCUCGCCCGACGCCUUGAGUCCAUGAUGGCUUGCACAGUAUACGCCGGGGCCCCCUCGAUGUCCAGCGGGGGCGGAGGAACCUCCCGUACCUCAGACUGCUGGAGCGGACCAGCCACCACCAGCCUGAGGAGAGACACAUGGAACGAGGGGUUAUAUGGUAAUCAGGGGGGAGCUGUAACCUAUAACAAACCUUGUUCAGUCUCCUCAGGACUUUAAAUGGCCCCACAAACCGCGGACCCAGCUUCCGGCAGGGCAGGCGAAGGGGCAGGUUUCGGGUCGAGAGCCAGACCCGGUCCCCCAGUGCAUACACCGGGGCCUCACUGCGGUGGCGGUCGGCGCUCGCCUUCUGUCGCCUGAUGGCCCGUUGCAGGCGCACAUGGGCAGCGUCCCAGGUCUCCUUCGAGCGCCGAAACCAUUCCUCGAUCUGGCUCUGAUGCCACGGUGCCAGGACCGGCUGAUACCUUAGUACACACUGAAAUGGAGACAUGUUAGUGGAGGAGUGGCGGAGGGAGUUUUGGGCCAUCUCUGCCCAGGGGAUGAGAGCCGCACACUCCCCCGGCCGGUCCUGGCAAUAGGCCCACAGAAACCUACCCACAUCCUGGUUUACUCUCUCCACCUGCCCAUUACUCUCGGGGUGAAACCCUAAGGCCAGGCUGACCGAGACACCCAAACGUUCCAUGAACGCCCUCCAGACCCUCGAUGUGAACUGGGGACCCUGAUCAGACACUAUAUCCUCAGGCACCCGUAGUGCCGGAAGACGUGGGUAAACAGAGCCUCCGCAGUCUGUAGGGCCGUAGGGAGACCGGGCAAAGGAAGGAGAUGGCAGGACUUAGAAAACCAAUCCACAACGACCAGGAUCGUGGUGUUACCUUGUGACGGAGGAAGAUCCGUCACGAAGUCCACCGAUAGGUGUGACCACGGCCGUUGUGGAACGGGUAGGGGUUGUAAUUUCCCUCUGGGUAGGUGUCUAGGUGCCUUGCACUGGGCGCAAACCGAGCAGGAGGAAACAUAAACCCUCACGUCCUUAGCUAAAGUGGGCCACCAGUACUUCCCACUAAGACAGCGCACUGUCCGACCGAUGCCAGGAUGACCAGAGGAGGGUGAUGUGUGAGCCCAACAGAUCAAUCAAUCGCGGACAUCAAACGGAACGUACAGACGCCCAACCGGACACUGGGUGGGAGUGGGCUCCGUACGUAACGCCCGCUUGAUGUCCGCGUCAACCUCCCAUACCACCAGUGCCACCAGGCAAGAAGUAUGGGAGUGGGAUCCGUGGACCACUCCUCUGUGUCAUACAACCGGGACAGUGCGUCUGCCUUAGCGUUCUGGGAACCUGGUCUGUAGGAUAGGGUGAAAACAAAACAGGUGAAAAACAUGGCCCACCUUGCCUGGCGAGGGUUCAGUCUCCUCGCCGCCCGGAUGUACUCCAGAUUGCGGUGAUCAGUCCAAAUGAGGAAAGGGUGUUUAGCCCCCUCAAGCCAAUGUCUCCACGCCUUCAGAGCCUUGACAACAGCUAACAGCUCCCGGUCCCCCACAUCAUAGUUUCGCUCCACCGGGCUGAGCUUCUUCAAAAAGAAAGCACAGGGGCGGAGCUUUGGUGGCGUACCCGAGCGCUGAGACAGCACAGCUCCUAUCCCAGCCUCGGACGCGUCCACCUCUAUGCACGAACUGUUCCGGAUGGGAAGCAUACUGACACCUUUAGAUGACUCCAAUACACAGCAGGGGAGCAGAGCAACAACCUACCAACCUCUUACUUUAUGUUUAAUCAACUGAUCUACUGAUGUCUCACUGUUGUGAGUAUUGAAACUCAAAUAGACUUUAUGAGGGUAAUAAUACAUCAAAUGCAGGAGAGAGAAAAUGUUACUGUCAAUGCUUGUCAACUAUACUCACUGUCCACUGUACAUUUUAUUUUGUUUCUUAAACUACUGGUAUUUUCAUUCGAAAAGUUAGAUGGCUAAAGGGGCAACUUCCAAAAGGCCUUGACUCUCUUCCCUGAGUCAGAGUGCUCUCAAUGUGAGAGGGUCAUAGCUCAAUUAGCCCUUACGUGCUUGAGUGUCCUGUUACAUCUAUAAAUAAUAGAUUGACAAAUGUUUAGUCAUCCCAUAAGCAGUUUGUCUGUAAGGUUUCAAAGAAAGAGCAUGACCAAUGGCACUACCUAAUUUGGCCACAUGCUUAAGCAAAGGUCACAGGUUUAGCACAAUCAAAGAUUUAUAUUGUGUUGCCACAUUGCCACUGCUGUUAUUCCUCUUAAGGUGAAACCUCUUCAGCUAAACCUCCGGUAUUGAUGAAGUGUAUCCCUUAAAUCAACAUAAAUGAAAACAGUGUUCACUUAUUCUUUGAUUCACAGCCAACAGUUAUGUACACAGUUUGAUUAAAUGGGCAUUUGAUUUGUUUAUGAAUAAUUUAUAAAAUCACCCUAUUGGUCAUUAAUGGCAUAAUGCUCAAUGAUCUGUAAACAAAUGGACCCUUUUCACUGGAUCAGUAUCCUGUCUAUUGUGUAACCCUUACACAACCUCUGGGAUGUAUUAUAUCUCCUGUUCUUCUCCCCUGGGGAGGUAAUUGGACACCCCGUCUCUCUCCUCCUGGAGGACCUCUGUCGUCUCUCACUGCGCCGUGUGUGUGUGUUAGUGUGUGUGAGAUUCACACUCAGGCCUUGGGAGGAGACCCCUCAGACACAAGGCACCGGUGACGUGGUUCUCUGACAAGAGGGAUGGUCUCAUUGGGCUUUUGUGGCAUCUGCCCUUCGACUAUAAAUCAAAGGCGAGAGAAAAAGGCUCAGAGGCAAAAGCAGAGGAUGGGCGCGGCCCUCCCCUGAUGGGCUAAAGCUCUAACGUCUUUCUGCUCCUAACAUCUUCACAUUUCAAUAUAUAGAGGAAAUCAGGGUUAAAGCAGAGUUAGGGUUAUCAUUUGACUAUUAGGUAUAAACCGAUUAAUAUGCAGAUGUGUAAAUAGCCAACUCUUACAUUCUAAAUCCAACAAUCAUUAUGCAAAAGUCUGAUUGUAAAGUGAUCAUUGUUCCUACAUGCAAAGUGAAUGAAAAUGUGCCGAUUCUGAAUGGGAAUGUGACAGCUGUUGAAAGCGGAACAUCAUGUCUUGUCAUCUGGUAGCUCCUUAUGUAAGACAGAGUCUGAGGAGGCGUGGCAUUAAUGUGCUUUGCUACUUCAGUGGUAGGAGCUAUGUCUUCAAGCACUUAGCUGCGGGUUGAAUUGAGUUACAUUUCCCAUGUGGGAGCUUACGCCUGUGUCAUUUGUAAAAUAAACAGCCAUGUCUUAAGAUAGAAACUCUGGCAAUGCUUGGUUUGCUUCUCAGUAAGCUGAGUCUGGAAACUGGCAUUUCACAAACCUGACCCCAGCAACUUUAUGAGAGGGUUGUGUUGGAGGUUGACUAACAUCUGAAUGUCUCUCUCUCUCCCCCUCUCUCUCCCGCUCUCCCUCAGGAGGAGACCCUUGCGCGUUGUCGUGAGGACGAAGAGAAGCGCAGAGAGAUCACCACUCACUUCCAGAGCACGCUGACAGACAUCCAGGCUCAGAUCGAGCAGCACAGUAACCGCAACAACAAGCUGUGUUCGGAGAACACCAACCUGGCAGACAAACUCAAACACAUCAUCAGCCAGUACGAGCAGAGAGAGGAGGUACACUACAGGGACACGUAACCUCACUGUUACAUGUCUGUAUAUCUGUACACCCCCAUCCCUGGCCUACUAACCCCAUGCAUGCAGGCUCCAGUCACAGUCAUUUUCUCCAGUCUGCUGAUUGCUCAUACAGGAGUAAUAAAGGCUAGUGCACACAUUUAAAAACACACAGACACAUAUAUAUAUAUGUGUGUGUGUAUAGAUGUAUGUGUGUGUAUAUGUGUGUGUGUGUGUAUAUAUAUGUGUGUGUGUAUAUAUAUAUAUAUAUAUAUAUGUGUGUGUGUAUAUAUAUAUAUAUAUAUACACACACACACACAUAUAUACACACACACACACAUAUACACACACAUACAUCUAUACACACACACAUAUAUAUAUAUAUAUAUAUACACACACACACACACACACACAUAUACAUACACAUGGGGGGCCAGUAUGUAAAAUGUAUCCACUCACUAACUGUAAGUCGCUGAGUGUCUGCUAAAUGACAAAAAAUCUGCUGAUUUUGUACGUUUGCCCACUGACAAAGACAUGAUCAGUCUAUAAUUUUAAUGGUAGGUUUAUUUGAACAGUGAGAGACAGAAUAACAACAAAAAAACUUAGCAGUCCAUAGGGAAAUGCUGGAAUUUAACAUGGAAACAUGAUCUGUUCGAUGGUCAUGGACUAGUUUGCAGACAAAUCAAUGGACCAGCUGACAUUCCUGUGUUUAGUGGGUGUGACUACAAGGGAAAAUUGAUGCAGUUAAUUAGUGUAAGAUAAGAUAAGAUAUACACUAUACAGUUGAAGUCGGAAGUUUACAUACACUUACAGUGAGGGAAAAAAGUAUUUGAUACCCUGCUGAUUUUGUACAUUUGCCCACUGACAAAGAAAUGAUCAGUCUAUAACAUUAAUGGUAGGUUUAUUUGAACAGUGAGAGACAGAAUAACAACAAAAAAAUCCAGAGAAACGCAUGUCAAAAAUGUUAUAAAUUGAUUUGCAUUUUAAUAUAGGAAAUAAGUAUUUGACCCCCUCUCAAUCAGAAAGAUUUCUGGCUCCCAGGUGUCUUUUAUACAGGUAACGAGCUGAGAUUAGGAGCACACUCUUAAAGGGAGUGCUCCUAAUCUCAGUUUGUUACCUGUAUAAAAGACACCUGUCCACAGAAGCAAUCAAUCAAUCAGAUUCCAAACUCUCCACCAUGGCCAAGACCAAAGAGCUCUCCAAGGAUGUCAGGGACAAGAUUGUAGACCUACACAAGGCUGGAAUGGGCUACAAGACCAUCACCAAGCAGCUUGGUGAGAAGGUGACAACAGUUGGUGCGAUUAUUCGCAAAUGGAAGAAAGACAAAAUAACUGUCAAUCUCCCUCGGCCUGGGGCUCCAUGCAAGAUCUCACCUCGUGGAGUUGCAAUGAUAAUGAGAACGGUGAGGAAUCAGCCCAGAACUACACGGGAGGAUCUUGUCAAUGAUCUCAAGGCAGCUGGGACCAUAGUCACCAAGAAAACAAUUGGUAACACAUUACGCCGUGAAGGACUGAAAUCCUGCAGCGCCCGCAAGGUCCCCCUGCUCAAGAAAGCACAUAUACAGGCCCGUCUGAAGUUUGUCAAUGAACAUCUGAAUGAUUCAGAGGAGAACUGGGUGAAAGUGUUGUGGUCAGAUGAGACCAAAAUCGAGCUCUUUGGCAUCAACUCAACUCGCCGUGUUUGGAGGAGGAGGAGGAAUGCUGCCUAUGACCCCAAGAACACCAUCCCCACCGUCAAACAUGGAGGUGGAAACAUUAUGCUUUGGGGAUGUUUUUCUGCUAAGGGGACAGGACAACUUCACCGCAUCAAAGGGACGAUGGACGGGGCCAUGUACUGUAAAAUCUUGGGUGAGAACCUCCUUCCCUCAGCCAGGGCAUUGAAAAUGGGUCGUGGAUGGGUAUUCCAGUAUGACAAUGACCCAAAACACACGGCCAAGGCAACAAAGGAGUGGCUCAAGAAGAAGCACAUUAAGGUCCUGGAGUGGCCUAGCCAGUCUCCAGACCUUAAUCCCAUAGAAAAUCUGUGGAGGGAGCUGAAGGUUUGAGUUGCCAAACAUCAGGCUCGAAACCUUAAUGACUUGGAGAAGAUCUGCAAAGAGGAGUGGGACAAAAUUCCUCCUGAGAUGUGUGCAAACCUGGUGGCCAACUACAAGAAACGUCUGACCUCUGUGAUUGCCAACAAGGGUUUUGCCACCAAGUACUAAGUCAUGUUUUGCAGAGGGGUCAAAUACUUAUUUCCCUCAUUAAAAUGCAAAUCAAUUUAUAACAUUUUUUACAUGCAUCUUUCUGGAUUUUUUUGUUUGUUAUUCUGUCUCUCACUGUUCAAAUAAGCCUACCAUUAAAAUUAUAGACUGAUCAUGUCUUUGUCAGUGGGCAAACGUACAAAAUCAGCAGGGGAUCAAAUACUUUUUUCCCUCACUAUAUAUAUAUAUAUAUAUAUAUAUAUAUAUAUAUAUACACAUAUAUAUACACACACACACACACAUAUAUACACACACAUACAUACACACAUACAUACACACAUACAUACAUACAUACAGUGAGGGAAAUAAAGAUUUGAUCCCCUGCUGAUUUUGUACGUUUGUCCACUGACAAAGAAAUGAUCAGUCUAUAAUUUUAAUGGUAGGUUUAUUUGAACAGUGAGAGACAGAAUAACAACAACAAAAUCCAGAAAAGCACAUGUCAAAAAUGUUAUAAAUUGAUUUGCAUUUUAAUGAGGGAAAUAAGUAUUUGACCCCCUCUCAAUCAGAAAGAUUUCUGGCUCCCAGGUGUCUUUUAUACAGGUAACGAGCUGAGAUUAGGAGCACACUCUUAAAGGGAGUGCUCCUAAUCUCAGUUUGUUACCUGUAUAAAAGACACCUGUCCACAGAAGCAAUCAAUCAAUCAGAUUCCAAACUCUCCACCAUGGCCAAGACCAAAGAGCUCUCCAAGGAUGUCAGGGACAAGAUUGUAGACCUACACAAGGCUGGAAUGGGCUACACGACCAUCGCCAAGCAGCUUGGUGAGAAGGUGACAACAGUUGGUGUGAUUAUUCGCAAAUGGAAGAAACACAAAAUAACUGUCAAUCUCCCUCGGCCUGGGGCUCCAUGCAAGAUCUCACCUUGUGGAGUUGCAAUGAUCAUGAGAACGGUGAGGAAUCAUCCCAGAACUACACGGGAGGAUCUUGUCAAUGAUCUCAAGGCAGCUGGGACCAUAGUCACCAAGAAAACAAUUGGUAACACUACGCCGUGAAGGACUGAAAUCCUGCAGCGCCCGCAAGGUCCUCCUGCUCAAGAAAGCACAUUUACACGCCCGUCUGAAGUUUGCCAAUGAACAUCUGAAUGAUUCCUGCAUCAAAGGGACGAUGGACGGGGCCAUGUACCGUCAAAUCUUGGAUGAGAACCUCCUUCCCUCAGCCAGGGCAUUGAAAAUGGGUCGUGGAUGGGUAUUCCAGAAUGAAUAUGACCCAAAACACAUGGCCAAGGCAACAAAGGAGUGGCUCAAGAAGAAGCACAUUAAGGUCCUGGAGUGGCCUAGCCAGUCUCCAGACCUUAAUCCCAUAGAAAAUCUGUGGAGGGAGCUGAAGGUUCGAGUUGCCAAACGUCAGCCUCGAAACCUUAAUGACUUGGAGAAGGUCUGCAAAGAGGAGUGAGACAAAAUCCCUCCUGAGAUGUGUGCAAACCUCGUGGCCAACUACAAGAAACGUCUGACCUCUGUGAUUGACAACAAGGGUUUUUUGUUGUUGUUAUUCUGUCUCUCACUGUUCAAAUAAACCUACCAUUAAAAUGAUAGACUGAUCAUGUCUUUGUCAGUGGGCAAACGUACAAAAUCAGCAGGGGAUCAAAUACUUUUUUCCCCUCACUGUAUAUACACACACACACACACACACACACACACACACAUAUACACACAUAUACAUAUAUAAUAUAUACAUACACAUUACAUACACAUUAUAUAUAUAUAUAUAUAUAUAUAUAUAUAUAUAUAUAUAUAUAUAUAUAUAUAUAUAUAUUAUAUAUAUAUACACACACACACACACACACACACACACACACAUAUAUAUAUACACAUAUAUAUACACAUAUAUAUAUAUAUAUACACACACACACAGUAUGCAGCACCCUUACUUCCAGCGACUAUUUAAGGUUGAAUCUCGCUCAUGUCAUAUACAGUAUAAUCACACAACAUCAGGGAAAGGACAAGCCUGAAGUGACACACGAAAGCCAGGAUCUGUCACGCAGUUGGUUGCCACUGAGGCUGCUGGUGCUGCUGCUCACACAGCUGGGACUGGUGUGUAAAAACCAUCAUAGAUGAUUUAAAUGUCAUAUUUCUUUGUUGUCGUUUUUUAGUGGUGGAGUUUCUAAUAAUUUGUCUCAAGUGCCAUCUGCUGGUUGUAGUCAGUAUAAACACUUAAGAGGCAGCGUGCCAGAAAGAGAGAUGUGAUUAUUUGACAUCCAAAUAACAUCUAAUGUGUCCUAUUAAAAUAAGUGAUUAGAACCACACAUUGCAAUGAUGAACAAGCCAUUCUGACAUCAGCAGUUGCAUAAAAUGGACACAAGUUGACAUUUGAUAGUUGGCUAAAUGCUGAGAUGGAUUCAUUUCCAGAUGGACAUGAAUUAAAUGUUCUCCGUUUCGCAGAGAAAUUGUUUAUGCAUAUUGCUAUUUGCCAUAGUAAAGAAAAUACACUGAACAAAAAUAUAAAACGCAACAUGUAAAGUGUUGUUUCCAUGUUUCAUGAGCUGAAAUAAAUCCCAGCAAUUUUCCAUACGCACAAAAAGCUUAUUUCUUAUUUAUAUCCCUGUUAGUGAGCAUUUCUCCGUUGCCAAAAUAAUCCAUCCACCUGACAGGUGUGGCAUAUCAAGAAGCUGAUUAAACGGCAUGAUCAUUACACAGGUGCACCUUGUGCUAUGAACAAUAAAAGGCCACUCUAAAAUGUGCAGUUUUGUCACACAACACAAUGCCACAGAUGUCUCAAGUUUUGAGGGAGUGUGCAAUUGGCAUUCUGACUGCAAGAAUGUCCACCAGCGCUGUUGCCAGAUAAUUUAAUGUUCAUUUCUCUACCCUAAGCUGCCUCUAAUGUUGUUUUAGAGAAUUUGGCAGUACGUCCAUCCGGCCUCACACCGCAGUUUAGGGUAGACAUUACUUUAAAACAAUUUAAUAAGGCUUUUGCAUUUGCCCUGCUGUUAAUUGUGAAACAGUAAUUCAAGUCCCAGGUUUUUAUUAGUCCUCCACCCACUAUUUUGUCUGUUCUCUCAGGCAUCAUAAAAAGUGUCUGAACUUUCCAAUGAAAUACUGUGCGCAAACAACAAUGGCCUUAAUUACUUUUCAAGGCACACGUUUAUGACAAUUUCUCAUAGACAAACAGGAUGGCAGUGGUGGUUUUAACAAGAUAGAAAGUGUGAGAAAUGUAUCCUAACUGAUGGAGUCAUAACCUGUACAGAAUGUCUUAGAAGCCCUUCUCAAACCAAAGUGUCUAAUCUAGUGUGUCAUCUCACCUUGUCUAUCACUCAGAGCUUGGAGAAGAUCUUCAAGCACCGCGACCUGCAGCAGAAGCUGUCUGAUACCAAACUGGAGCAAGCUAAUGCACAGCUGCAGGAGGCCGAGGAGAAGCACAAGAGAGAGAAAGAAUACGUGAGUCACUAUACUUACAUUUUUAGUCAUUUAGCAGACGAGCGACUUCCAGUAGUGAGUGCAUAUAUUUUCAGACUUUUUCCAUACUGGUCCCCCGUGGGAAUCGAACCCACAACGCUGGUGUUUCAAGUGCAAUGAUCUACCAACUGAGCCACACGGGACCGCAACUUUUACUGACCUUACCCACAAAGUACUGUAAAGUAAUGUAAAUACAGUUGCCUUUAAUACUGUUUAUUCUGGUGUACCUUUAAGUUUAAAAACAAUGUCUUAUUGUGCAUGUGAUGCUCACAGAAAUGAGUAUUGUAACCAUCCACUGUCUCUGUUGUUAGCUGCUUAGGGAGGCAAUUGACAAAACAAAGAAAUGCUACACUUUGAAGGAGCAAGAGUUGCAGUUGAAGAAAAAGGUAAAUUUGUGCUUUACGUGUGUUUUGUUUUUAACCAGUUACUGGUACAUGCAGCUGAGUGGAAACUACAAGCUAAACUUCUGAGAGAGCAAGAGACAGUCAUGCAGGCUCAGGUGAAUAUAUCCAAUGUGGUGCCAAACACCCUUAUUCAAUACAUUUCUUUCAGGGCCAAGCCUAUGAAAGGCAAGCCCAAUCCUACCGUUAAGGUUCUCUGGAUUGCUCCAUGUGUGUUAAAGACAACUAGAAUUUCAGUAGUUACUGUAUUUCAUUCAUUGGGAUCUAUAGUAAAGCUUUUCAAUAUCCUCACAAUGGCAAAAGUGACCAUCUGAUUUGAGAGAAAUCCCAAAUCAGAUUCUCCUCUCUCAUAACUAACUAUGCUAUAUGGCUUGAUGUACCUAGUACUUGAUAUUAAAGGAACAUCUGUCAGCUUGCUGUACUGUACAGAGCAGCCAUUAUUCCCAUGAUAGCAGCAGGCAAGAGCAACUCCCUCUCCCUGAAUCAGCAGGAUGACACACAGCAUCAUGGGAAUACUAAAAAAAGUGAUGCAAGUGAUGCAAUGCCACAGUUAUUUUUUUCUGUUGGAACAUUGAAUACAUACUCCAGUACCAUUGAUCAUUCGAUUGUAAAAUUAUGAUAAAAUUACAAUUGCUAUGUUUAUUGGAUGUGGUGCAAUCAUUGUAUGGGUGCAAGAAAAUUAUACAAUUAAAUUAGUUGGUCUGACGCACACAAAGAUAAAUGCUUUCACGCUGGAUUCAUAAAUUAUCGCUGCCAGUUUAUAUGGUUCUAAAUAAUUGCAGCGAAACCUUGCCAUUAUUUAAAGCCUUGUGUUUUCUCAGUAGAAACAUUAGCCUGGCUCCCAAAUGACAAAGUAAUAAUAAAACAAAUUAUGUUAAUACUGCAUUUCAGUACCUAUAUGAUUCAUCAUGUAUUUGUACCAGGCCAUGUCAUAUUUCCAAUCCAAUUAACUGGGAAUGUCAACCUUAUUUCUCUCUACAAUAACAGGCAUAGAUUUAGAUCAUACAAGGAAACGGCCGAAGCAGCGCAGCCAGCAAUAAAAAUCUAUUAGAAAGACUUGAGGCAGAAACUGAUCUGUAUCAAGUGAGCUUUUCUGAAAUACAAAACAUAAUCAAGCAAAAAGCCUUUCCUAUUUUAUAGAGCAUGUCAAAGCAGUUGUUUUGCUUUUGUGUCAAACCAGUAACUCUCAAAUGAAGACAGUUGAUCUCAACGGGGUGGCUAGCAGAGAGACAUGUUUGAAUAUGGGAGACUGGCUGUGUGUUAGAUGCGGUUUCCCCUGAAGGCGUCGGGAGAUCAGCCUGUUAACUCUAGCUGGACCGACUGCCUCUGAAACAUUUAUAGAGCCGCUCAUUAACGUAGCUCUGCCAACACUGAGGAGAGGACUGCUAAAGGGAAGCCCAGGGAGGCUGAGGCCGCCUGGCCAGCUGAAUGUAGAGCACACACACCGAGGGCCCUAGGACUUGGAAUGUAAUGCUCUGCAAUUAGGCCCUGAAGCAAUGAAGAAACCAGGCAAGGCAUCCCAACAAUGAGUGGCCUUGUUUGUCAGGGAAAAUAUACACAGUGAAAAUUUGAGUCAGUCAGCCAGCUCAUGAAUGACCAAAUGUUUGAUGAACCCCACUGGCUCUUCCCCUCACCUCAUCUCAUCUCCCUCUAAAGUAUAGCAAAUUUGUUUCUGGUGUCAUAUAUAGUUCAAAGCAUAGAUCUGAUUGUUCCUGAGGUGAAUAGAUGCAUAUGAAUGCUAAAUGUGAAGUCAACAUCCAUAUCUCCUGAAAUCAAUUUCUAGAGUUCUCUCCUGACUGUCCCUGUUUUUCUUCAGCUUGCUCUGUACUCCCAGAAGUUUGAAGAGUUCCAGACUACGUUGUCUAAGAGCAACGAUGUGUACGCCAGCUUCAAAAAUGAAAUGGAGAAGGUAUGUGGCAUCCGUUAAAAAAAAAAAAUCCUUCCUUUAAAUAUACUGUUUAUUUUUAGGGCCAAGUGCUUGAAGGUAAUAUAAGGUCUGCAUAACUCUGAAAUUAGAAAACAGCUAUAUUUUGGAGGGACUGUCUUCUAUAUUAAACAUAUUCAGAAUUAUGGUUACAUUUUCUGAUACGUUUUAACCCAACAAACAUUUUGCUUCAUAGAUGACAAAGAAGAUGAAAAAACUAGACAAAGAGUCUAAUGUUUGGAAGACCAGAUUUGAGAGCACUAACAAGGCUCUCUCUGAGAUGAUUGAAGAGGUAACUACUCAUCUAUAACACAUGCAAAAGUGUCAGCCUUUAUUCAAAUGCACUACAAGUUAGACUCUCUUUUCCCACAGAGGACUCUGAAGGAGAAUGAGUAUGAGAUGUUUGUCGUGAAGAUUGACAAGCUGGAGAGGCUCUGCCGAGCACUCCAGGACGAGAGGAAGAUCCUGUACUCGAAGAUCAAAGGCAUCCGCCAAACGCCUGACGCCACCGAGGGGACACCCAAGGAUGAGACACAGGAGGUGGCCACUGAACCAGUCCACAGCCUCAUGGACAUAGUUGAGGAGCCAGAGAUGACAGAGGAGAUGGCCCGUCUGAGGGCUGAGCAGAACAGGCUGGCGGAGUUCGCGGCCUCCCUACUGGCCCCGUCCACAGGAGACGAUGAUGACGAUGACUCUGACAGUGAGGAAGAGCCAGAGUCUACAGAACCUGCUGAGGCCCAGAAGAUCCCUGAACCAACACAGGCCCCAGCACAGGUAGUGGUAGAGACACCAGCACAGGCAGAGGAACCAGCACCAGCAUAUGCAGAGGCACCAGCACAGGCUACAGCACAAGUAGAGGCCCCAGCACAGGCAGAGAUGGCUGCACCAGUCCAACCAGAGACCCCAAAAGAGCCAGAGCCCGCCACCAAGAAGCAGACACCAAAGAAGAAUGCAAAUAAGACUAGCUGAACCGACGGAUGUGUCAUUUUGUGAGCGUUAGUACUGUAGUCCCUGUGCCUUGUUUAUGGUGGAGUUGAGAUAUCAAAUCCAGCUUGGUUUGUCUAUAUACUGUUGUAUCUGAAGUGGCGUGCAGUAGAAGUAUGUUUAAGUUGUAUAUCAGAUGAGGACAGAUAGAGUUUUACAGCAUAACCAAAGAAUAGGAAACAAGGUUAUUCAGGACAUUGCACCCUCAAAACUUUCCAAUGCCAAAUGUUGCCUUGCGCAAACAGCAUCAGAACAGCCACUGUCUUUUUUGACUUUUUCCAUCUGAACCCCUAUAAUGUAAAUUCAAUAAAUAUCUCAUUGUAGACUACGUAGACAUGCCUGUGCACUUUGGAAUGUAUUGCUUAGACCCAUCACUCUGUUUUACACAAUAAAUAAAAAUAAACACAUAUCAAACCUUAUAUGACCAAAUAUUGGAAGAUGGAUCCAUAUAUCUAGAUAAAGGCCUGAUAAUGCAUCUAAGUCCCUUUUUAUUUGGACCAUUGUAUUAUCUGUAUGAAUUGUUAACUAUUUGCUUAAAAGUUCUGGCCAGUCUUUCACAAUAAUUUAGAGAUGGAUCCUUACAGGAGUUUCCAUGGCAACACUCCCCCCAUCCAAGCAGUGCACAUUUCCUUUUUUAACACAAUCUGUAUCAGACAGUCUCUAUUCCCAGAGUGGGUUGUUCUGGCCUGGCCGUGGUCUGUCUGUGUUCUGGUGAAAUAACUGUUACACAAAGUCUCCUCCACCAAGGACACAACAGGACAUUAGACUGACAGGCACUGCAACUCCAUCUGCGGAUUCGUUGAGGACGGCACUAAUGUAUGAGUAAUAAUAGUACAGAGGCCCCUGGGUUUUUAAUAAAUACAGAUCAGUGUUGAGUGCCCCAGGGAAAACAAAUUAGACCUGCUACUGAUCCCUGUGAAUAUCAUGUUUAUGUUCUGGAUUGUUUUACUGGUUCAGCAGAUUGCACACCAAAUAUGGUAAACAAUUUCUACUGUUAUGAACUAGAGUAAAGGACAAAAGGACCUAGUUGUCACUUAAUGAAGAAACUGACAAAAGUUGGACUAAC